AUGAUUCAUCGGGACAGAAGAAAACCUCCGGUCGGAGGCAAGGAGCAGAAAUGUUUGGAUCUGGCUGGGAGUGCUCACAGCUCGAAUAUCAGAGGAACGCUUCUGCUGGUGUGUCCGUGGCCAAAGUCCCACAGACUGUAUGUGGAGAAGAUCAAGAUUGGAUAUUGUAGCUCCUGUCACUCAGGGAUCCGUACCACGGUGGGCUGGACUGUUCCUAUUGGCUUCCUGGUCAACACCUCACAGAUCAGUGUCGAUCAACAAUGCAACUUUCCCAAAGCGGUGGGGGACUUCUUUGGCUACAGCUGUGUACCAGGAGUAAAGGACAGAGAACACGACCCCAGAGGAAACAACCCUAAGAACYUGUGUGAAGCCUGCAUAGGAGACGACAACGAGAGACAUAUAUGUGUUAACAACAAGAGAGAGGAAGACACU